AUGAGAAAACAUUCUCUUGAUCGAUGGCUCUUAGCGGCCGUUCUUGUGGUUCUCCUCUCGUCUUCUUGCACAUUCGCCUCAAAAAAAGCGGUGAAAAAGAAGACGAAGGGUAAGGAGGUGACUUAUGAUGGAACAUCUUUGAUCGUCGAUGGCAAAAGAGAGCUUCUCUUUUCUGGCUCUAUCCAUUAUCCUCGCAGCACUCCUGAAAUGUGGCCAAGUAUCAUCAAGAGAGCGAAACAGGGUGGUUUGAACACCAUUCAAACAUACGUUUUCUGGAAUGUACAUGAGCCUGAACAAGGAAAGUUCAACUUUUCGGGACGAGCUGAUUUGGUGAAAUUCAUUAAGUUGAUUGAGAAGAAUGGCAUGUAUGUAACAUUGAGGCUUGGACCAUUUAUCCAAGCUGAAUGGACUCAUGGAGGACUUCCUUAUUGGCUUAGAGAAGUUCCUGGAAUUUUCUUCCGUACAGACAAUAAAGAAUUCAAGGAACAUACAGAGAGGUAUGUACGGAUGGUACUCGACAAAAUGAAGGAGGAAAAAUUGUUUGCUUCACAAGGAGGCCCCAUCAUAUUAGGACAGAUUGAGAACGAGUAUAGCGCGGUUCAACGCGCAUAUAAAGAAGAUGGUAUGAACUACAUUAAAUGGGGAUCUAAAUUGGUCGACUCAAUGAAUCUUGGGAUCCCAUGGGUUAUGUGCAAGCAGAACGAUGCUCCUGAUCCUAUGAUCAAUGCUUGCAAUGGAAGGCAUUGCGGUGAUACUUUCCCUGGUCCAAACAAAGAUAACAAGCCGUCUUUAUGGACAGAGAACUGGACUACUCAGUUCCGUGUGUUUGGUGAUGCACCAGUUAAAAGAUCAGUAGAAGAUAUUGCUUUCUCAGUUGCUAGAUUCUUCUCCAAGAAUGGAAGUCAUGUGAACUACUACAUGUACCAUGGAGGAACCAACUUUGGAAGAACCUCUGCCCAUUAUGUAACAACUCGAUACUACGAUGAUGCACCUCUUGAUGAAUAUGGUUUAGAGAGAGAGCCUAAGUAUGGUCAUCUUAAACAACUUCACAGUGCUCUUAACCUCUGCAAGAAACCACUUCUUUGGGGUCAGCCUCGCACCGAGAAGCCUGGAAAGGAUACAGAGAUUAGAUACUACGAACAGCGUGGAACUAAAUCUUGUGCAGCUUUCUUGGCUAACAACAACACCGAAGCUGCAGAAACCAUUAAGUUCAGGGGAAAAGAUUACGUGAUAGCUCCUCGUUCCAUUAGUAUUCUUCCAGAUUGUAAAACUGUUGUUUACAACACUGCACAGAUUGUGUCUCACCACACUUCAAGAAACUUUAUGAAGUCUAAGAAGGCGAACAAGAAAUUAAAUUUCAAAGUGUUCACUGAGCCAUUGCCUCAUAAGUUAAAGGGUGACUCUUACAUACCCGUUGAGCUUUACGGUUUGACUAAAGACAAAUCAGACUAUGGAUGGUACACAACAAGCUUCAAGAUCAAUGAGAAUCAAUUACCUAAGAAGAAAGGAGCUAAAACUAAUGUGAGAAUUGCUAGUCUUGGACAUGCAUUGCACGUUUGGUUUAACGGAGAAUACCUUGGUAAGAUUGGUGUAUAUAUGAUAUGCAAAAAUAUGAAAAUGAGCUAUGAUGAUGAUGAUGUUAAUUUUUUUUCUCUACUACCAGGAAAUGGACAUGGAAGCCAUGACGAGAAAAGUUUUGUUUUCCAGAAGCCAGUUGCACUAAAAGAAGGAGAGAAUCACCUUGUUAUGCUUGGUGUUCUCACUGGAUUUCCAGACAGUGGAUCUUACUUGGAGCAUCGAUACACCGGUCCUCGCAGUGUUUCCAUCUUAGGCUUGAGUUCUGGAACACUAGAUCUCACUGAAAGCAGCAAAUGGGGGAACAAGGUCGGUAUGGAAGGUGAGAGACUCGCAAUCCAAACCAGGAAAGGUUUGAGGAAGGUUAAAUGGCACAAAUUCUCUGGAAAAGCACCAGGACUUACAUGGUACCAGACCUACUUUGAUGCACCAGAGAGCGAAAGCGCAGCAGCGGUUCGAAUGAGUGGAAUGGGGAAAGGAUUGAUUUGGGUGAACGGAGAAGGCGUUGGAAGAUAUUGGCAGUCUUUCUUGAAUCCAUUAAACCAAUCCACGCAAAUAGAAUACCACAUCCCUAGAUCUUUCUUGAAACCCAAGAAAAAUCUUCUUGUUAUAUUUGAGGAAGAGCCUAAUGUGAAGCCUAAGCUUAUAGACUUUGUCAUCGUCAACAGAGACACUGUUUGUUCUUACGUUGGAGAAAACUACACUCCAAAUGUUGGACACUGGAUUAGGAAGAAAGACGAGGUACAAGCCAUCACAGAUAACGUGAGUCUCACGGCUACUCUUAAAUGCUCAGGCAAUAAGAAGAUCGCAGCCGUUGAGUUCGCUAGCUUCGGAAACCCUAUUGGUGAUUGUGGAAACUUCACAGUUGGUACUUGUAAUGCUCCUGUUUCAAAGCAAGUCGUUGAGAAGCAUUGUUUGGGGAAAGCAGAGUGUGUGAUUCCGGUGAACAAGAGCACAUUCCAACAAGACAAGAAGGAUUCAUGCAAGAACGUUAUCAAGACGCUUGCCGUGCAAGUCAAAUGUGCUCGUCAAAAGAAGAAAUGA